ACUCCAAUCUGCUGAUAUUUCCAUUGCUUCAUCAUAAACGUACAAACACACGCACGUGUCUAGGUGAUAAAACCACGCAUGAGCUGAGAAAAGUUAAUCACAUUUGAGCGUACUGACGAGAAGAGAGGUCUUGAGGUCCACCGCCGGAAACAUGGCAGCCACGGUACAAGAAGAAAAGUUGCGGCAGAAGAUGAAGAGCUACUGGCAAGUGUACAGCCCUUCCCUCGAGUCCAUGAUGCUCUCCAACGACGCCAAGUACUUGGCUGAAAAUGAACAGAACGAAGUCAUGUCUUACCUGCCUCCUUAUCAGGGAAAACGAGUCCUUGAACUUGGAGCGGGUAUUGGGCGAUUCACGGCACGCCUGGCAACAGUGGCAGGUCACGUAACAGCUGUGGACUUCAUGCAAGAAUACAUCGAUAAAAAUAAGCACGAUAACAACCACAUGGGGAACAUCGUCUUCAUGUGCGCAGAUGUCACAAAAUUGGAUUUUCCUGCCGGCAGCUUUGAUUUAGUGUUCAGCAAUUGGCUGUUCAUGUAUCUCGGCGACAAGGAGACGCAAGAUGUGUUCGAACGCUGCAUGAAGUGGCUUUCUCCAGGUGGACACUUCUUCGUGAGAGAGUCAUGCUACCAUCAGUCAGGAAAUGUGAAGAGGAACGAGAACCCGACAUUGUACCGCACGCCCUUGGAGUACUGCCAUAUGUUGCAUUCUGUCACGGCCGGAGGCAAGGCUUUGUUCAAGAUCCUCCGCGGCAAAAGCAUCCUCACGUACAUCCAUUAUCACGGCAACCCAAACCAGCUGUGUUUCCUGGCGCGGCGCGUGGACGGCGAGGAGUCAGACCAGCUAGCUCAGUUCCUGCAGAGGGAAUACUCUGUGGUGAAUAUCCUGGGAAGAGAGAGGGCACAUGGGUACAUGUGGUGGUCGACAGGUGGAGAGACGACGAACAGGGAUUUCUGCGCCCGUCUGAGCCUGCGCCCCGGCAUGCGGGUGCUGGAUGUGGGCUGCGGCACCGGAGGGUCAGCCUUCUACAUGGCGCGCCACUACGGGGUUCACGUGCACGGCGUCGACCUCUCUACCAACAUGAUCCACAUUGCCAUCGAGCGCCAGGGGAAGCUGGAAGAACCUCUGAAGAAAAAGCUUCAGUUCGAAAUCAGCGACAUCCUCACCGUGGACUACGAACAGGAAUCGUAUGACAUCAUCUACAGCCGCGACAGCAUCUUCCAUAUCCCGGAGAAGCAAAAACUCUUUCAACACAUUUACCGCUGGCUGCGUCCCGGCGGCGUCCUCUUCCUUACCGAUUUCUGCAGUGGCCCCGCGAUUCCCUCCAAGGAAUUCCUUGCUUACGUUGAUGGAGCCAAACGGUACUCCCUCGCCGGGAAGGACUUCUACGUGAAGGAGCUGGAAUCCGCAGGAUUCACAAACGUGACCUCCGAGGAUCUCAAUGAGGACUUCAUGAAGACAAGCAAAGCGGAGCUGAAGGCCUUCACAAGCGCACGCGAAGCCUUCAUUAAUGACUUCUCUAAGGAGGACUUCGCUGAGAUCUCGUCCACCCUCGCCAAUAAGAUUCAGUGGACGCAAGAGGGACACCUUUCAUGGAGAGCAUUCAUGGCGAUUAAAAAGACCGAUCCCAGGUGCCUGAACCUGCCGCCCUGGUGCCAAGGCAGCCCUGAACCGGCGCUGAAGCCAUGGGAACUGGCGACGGGCGUGACAGUCCCACUAUUAGGAAAAUGUGACAGAUGUCCUGCGACAGGCUCCUUUAAACUGUCACUCGCCACUAAACCCGUACGCCGGUUGAGAGUCGGAUCAAACCCGUUUCUAAUCAAGCGCCUUGUAUCGGGGAUAUCGCUUCGGCCAGGAGGAUCUCCGGGCGGAGGCUUAGCGCGACCAGCCCUUGUGACGCUAAACCUGGGAGAACUCCAUGACGUCAUGGACUGGGCCUCACUCAGGGAAGCAGCCUUGUUCAACAACACGGAGAGUCCUAAAAAGAAGAAAAGUAUGCAGUUUACGAACUCUCAAGAUAUGCAUAUACUGCGCAGCCAUAACAUUGCUAAUAUAACUUUUGUUGCUAUGGCUGCACACCGAUGCCAGGUGCCAGAGGUACGACGAGCCCGCAUUGUAAUGGGUCUGAAGCGACGCGGCGGCCGGACUCUUCCGUCGCCCUCCGACCGGCCAGGUAGAGGUAGGUCGCUCGCCGUGACCAGACACGCGACUGGUCCUCGGCUUCUGCCCUCAAGAGCGAAAUCCCUAUACAGCAUGAACAACAGUGCCCCAGCCAGCCAGGACUUCCUGGACGCCAACCAGUACUCGCGCAAGUCCAUCCUCCGCUAUGAACGGAUCUUCGGGCACACGUGGGUGUCCACGGGUGGCGAGACCACCACCAAGGACUUCCUGUUAAGGAUGGGCCUACACCCCGGCAUGCGAGUGCUGGACGUGGGCUGCGGCACCGGAGGGUCGGCCUUCUACAUGGCGCGUCACUACGGAGUUCACGUGCACGGCGUCGACCUCUCUACCAACAUGAUCGACAUCGCCAUAGAUAGAUUAAACCGCGAAGAAAAAUAUAUGCAGUCCAUGAUUAAAUUCGAGGUUGGUGACAUCACUAAGGUUCAGUAUGAUAACGCCAGCUAUGACAUCAUUUACAGCCGUGACACAAUCCUCCACAUCCCGAACAAGGAAGAGCUCUACCGCACUCUCCUGGCGUGGCUGAAACCUGGCGGAAAACUCUUCGUCACCGACUACUGCAGGGGAGACCAGGAGCACUCACAGGAGUUCCUUAAUUACGUCAAACGCAGAGGAUAUGACCUGCGAACGGUGAAGGCGUACGGGAAAGUCCUGGAGGAAGCUGGCUUCAAGGACGUACAGACGGUGGAUAUGACGAAGACCUUCAUCUCCGUGCUGCAGAAUGAACUCAAGUACUUCGAACCAACACGUGAUGCCUUCGUACAGGCUUACAGCGAGGAUGACUACAAGGAAAUCGUGGAUGGAUGGAGACAGAAGUUGGUACGGUGUAAUGCAGGCGACCAGGCCUGGGGCAUGUUUCUGGCCACUCGGUAGAAGCGCCUCGGGCCUCGGAGACGACGGGCCUUUGACGGCAGCCUUUUUAGGGACACCUUUAUUCUAUUCUUCUUUAUUCCAUCAUCCUUUAUAAAUUAUCUUUAGUUGAAUAAGUAUUUUGACGAUUGUCGGUAAUACUGCAAUCGGUUGCCGUAAUUUAUGUAUUCAAAUAUUCAAUGUAUGUUCAUGGUGCUGAAAAUAAUGCCAAGAUGAAGACUGAGAAAUUAAUUUUCAUUCUGAUUCAAAUCUUAUCAGAACAAUGAUAAAAUAGAUGCAACGCUAUUUGCAAAUAUAAUUCUAAGAUUUGUCAAAUAUUUUGAUCUAAAUCUUGGCAAUUUUAUGGUUAGAAUUAACGUUAUAAAGUACUAGCAUUUAGGAAUUCUUUUGUACACAGUCAUAAACGUUAAGAACAAUCA